GGGCCGGACAGGGACGAUUGGCUGGAGCGGGAGCCUCAGCCAGACCCAGACCAGACCAGACCUGGAGGUCCCAGAGACAGAGCCCACCACGCGGCCCGCGCUGACUGGCCACCCCUGGGACUGUGCACCUGGCGCCCUCGGAGGAGCUGCGGAAAACGCCCAGCCACAGCCCGCCACAGACCAGGGUCCCUCCCCGACGUAGCCCCGCACCCACCCCCUUCCCAAAGCUGGGACUGCGGACCCCAGCCAGCCUGGCAUUCUGCCCUUGGACACAGAGCAGGGGCACCCCGAGGCCGGUUGGGGCUGACUCCUCUGAGCUCUCCAUCCAGAGACUGUCCCGCCGGGCCCGCAGAGCCAGUAAGUCCCCCCAGAAGCUGGGGACCCCACAUUCUGAGCCCUUAGGACAAUGAAGAAGAAGCUCGUGGUGGGGCUGGGCAUCCUGAUCACGGCUGCCAUCGUGGCCUUGAUCCUGGGCCUCAGCCUUGGCCUCCAGGGCAGACCAGCCACUUCCCACGUCUAUAAGAGAGCCGCCGUGGCCGCCGAUGCCAAGAAGUGCUCCGAGAUUGGGAGGGACGCGCUGCAGGACGGAGGCUCGGCGGUGGAUGCGGCCAUCGCGGCUCUGCUCUGCAUGGGGCUCAUGAACGCCCACAGCAUGGGCAUCGGCGGGGGCCUCUUCUUCACCAUCUACAACAGCAGCACUGGAAAAGCAGAAAUCAUCAACGCCCGCGAGGUGGCCCCCAAACGCUCCUUCAGCCACAUGUUCAAUUCCUCGGCGCAGUCCCAGAAAGGAGGACUGUCCGUGGCCGUCCCCGGGGAGGUCCGAGGCUACGAGCUGGCCCACCAGCGGCACGGGAGGCUGCCCUGGGCCCGGCUCUUCGAGCCCAGCAUCCGGCUGGCCCGCGAGGGCUUCCCGGUGGGCAAAGGCCUGGCGAACGCCCUGUUCAAGAAGCGCGAAGCCGUCGAGGGCAACCCGAGCCUCUGCCACGUGUUCUGCCGGGACGGGAAGAUCCUCAAGGAGGGCGAGACCGUGAAGAUGCCCCAGCUGGCGGCCACCUACGAGACGUUGGCCCGUGAGGGCGCCGACGCCUUCUACAGCGGGAGCCUGGCGCCCCAGAUCGUCCGUGACGUGCAGGCGGCCGGGGGGAUCCUCGGCCUGGACGACCUGGCCAGCUACCGGGCGGAGCUCAUCGAGAACCCCCUGAACUUCAGCUUGGGGGACGCCACCCUCUACACGCCCAGCGCCCCCCUGAGUGGCCCCGUGCUCGGCCUCAUCCUGAACAUCCUCAAGGGGUACCACUUCUCCGAGGCCAGCGUGGGCCCCCCGAAGCAGAAGGGCCUGACGUACCACCGCAUCGUGGAGGCCUUCCGCUUUGCCUAUGCCAAGAGGACGCUCCUGGGGGACCCCAAGUUUGAGGACAUUUCUGGAGUGCUCCGGAACAUGACGUCGCAGCACUUCGCGGAGCAGCUGCGGGCUCGGAUCUCCGACGAGCAGACGCACGACUUCCAGUACUACGAGCCGCAGUACCUGGUGCCCGACGACGGCGGCACGUCCCACCUGUCCGUGGUGUCGGAGGACGGCUCCGCUGUGGCGGCCACCAGCACCAUCAACCUCUACUUCGGCUCCGAGGUGCUGUCCCCGCACAGCGGCAUCCUGUUCAAUGACGAGAUGGACGACUUCAGCUCCCCCAACAUCACCAACGAGUUUGGGGUCCCCCCGUCCCCGGCCAACUUCAUCAAGCCAGGCAAGCAGCCCCUCUCGUCCAUGUGUCCCUCCAUCCUGGUGGGCCCCGACGGGAAGGUCAGGAUGGUGGUCGGCGCAUCGGGCGGCACCCAGAUCACCACGGCCACAGCCCUGGCCAUCAUCCAGCACGUGUGGUUCGGCUACGACGUCCGCAGGGCCGUGGAGGAGCCGCGGCUGCACAACCAGCUUCUCCCCAACACCACGACGCUGGAGGCGGGGCUGGAGGAGGCGGUGGGCGCCGAGCUCCGGGCCCGGAAGCACCACACCGAGACGACGCCGGACUUCAUCGCCGUGGUGCAGGCGGUCGUGCGCACUCCGGCCGGCUGGGCCGCCGCCUCGGACCCCCGCAAGGGAGGGGAGCCGGCGGGCUACUGAUCCUGAGAGGCGGGUGGGGGGCUGCGUGUGUGACGAGCUGCUGGUUCAAGCAAUAAACGAGCCGGACUCGC